AUGGAGAUUAAAUCUGUUGAAAUUUGGGUUGAUUUUAAACCAACUUUAGCAGGUGAAUGUUGUAUGUGAUUAUUUCAGAUUUUUAAUACCCUUUACAAUGAUUUCAAUGACAGAAGAACUUUUAAUUAAGUCAGCAUAUGAUUUUAUUGCUAAGUACCGUAAUGAUAUUGAUAGUGACUUCACACACCCAAUAGUGAAUAAUAGUUUUAUCCUAAAGGAUAAUAUCACUGACUUUAAGAAAACUACUAUAACAGAUCUAUCAUUAUUUUUUAUGAUUGAAAAUCUAUCAACUAUUUUUCCUGAUAUAUUUACAGCUACAAUCAUAUUUAUGACUAUACCAGUCAUUUCUUCUUCUGCGGAGAGGUCAUUUUCAAAACUAAAAUUAUUAAAAAAUUAUCUUCGUAACACCAUGUCACAAGAUAGAUUAUCAAGCUUAGCUAUAUUAAAUAUUGAACGACUCCAAAUUUCUGAAACAUAUGUAGUUAGAAUAAUAAAUACUUUUGCAAACGCAAAAUCCAGAAAAAUGAAUUGUUUACAUUAA